AUGUAUCUCAGGUGUAUGUCUCACCUGGAACCCAGGAGAUGGAACACAUGGUUGUCAUUGGCUGAGUGGUGGUAUAACACUAUUUACCACACUGCUAUACAAAUGACCCUCUUCGAGGCUUUGUAUGGAACCAAGCCCCCUCAGCUAGCUCUCGGUCCCUAUGAGCAGGCUAAGGUGGCAACAGUGGGUGAUUACUUAAAGGACAAGAAGCAAAUGGACGAGCUGCUACAGUAUAAUCUGAAAACUGCUCAGGAGAGGAUGAAAAAAUAUGCUGAUGAACACAGGAGUGAGAGGGAAUUCCAAGUACGUGAUUGGGUCUACUUGAGGCUGCAAUCUUACAGACAAUCAACUGUGAUGGUUAGGAACAAUACCAAGCUAUCUGCCAAGUACUUUGGUCCCUACCUCAUAGAAGAGAGGAUUGGUCAGGUGGCUUACAAGCUUAGGUUGCCUACUGCAUCAAGGAUACACCAUGUAUUUCAUGUCUCCCUGCUGAAGAAGAAGCUGGGAGACAAAGCUACACCUAUCUUACAACUUCCAAACACUGAUGAAAGGGGGCUGAUUAGAGUGGAACCAGUAACGUUGCUAGGCAGAAGGAUGAUCAAAAGAGGGAAUGCUGCUGUCACACAAUGGUUAGAUCAUGGGGAAUCGGUUGUUGAUACUGGCCAAUGGCAGAGACUUGCAAAUGACAAUGGUAAAAGCAAAAGGAAGAAGAUAAAAGGUUAA